AUGAAUUAUGUCAUCAUAUUUUUCCUUUUGCUCAUAAAAUAUGGUAAAAGUGUGAUAGGUACAGAAGCGCAGAAUACAAAUCCUAACAACGAUAAUAACCCGUAUGAUGAAAGCGAAAUUGACGAAAAAUGGAGGUUAUACCAGUUGGAGACGAACCCAUUUAUAGAUCUGAAGCAUCCGAAUUUCAAUGGCGACUUCAUCAGGUGCAUCGAUGAGUACUACGUUUACGAGACGAAGGAGUACAAUGCAUAUAAAAAGGAAAGAUAUAACAACAUAAAAAAUUACAAAACAUUCGAAAAGAAGCAAUUCAAUUGUGCCAUCAAUUUGUUUGCCCAUGGGAGACCAAAUUCAAGAAACGCAAAUGAUUACAAAAUAUGGAGUGCUGCAGCGAAUAUAAACAAAUACCAAGCCAUGUUACAGAAAAAGUACAGCAAGUAUAUUAUUUACACCCCAUUUAUCAGUCUUUCAAAUUUUCUAGGAACACAAGGGCUAUACACACACCUUAACUACGCUUACCUGUUGGCAAAUAGAAUGGCCCUAACGUUUAAAAAUAUGAUGGAAGAUGACACGUGUUAUAAUUAUGAUGUUUUUAUCCAUUCUCAUUGUUACGGUGCAAAUAUAAUUCGAUUAAUGUUUACUCUAGAUAAUGAAAUUUGGAAAUUGAUGGAUAAGGCUUUGAUAAAUGUUACGUACGAAAGGGAAGUGCUAGCCAUACUUGAUGACAAUUUCAAACUGACACUAAAGGAUAUUAAUAUAAUUACUGACAAGAGCAACAUACAGUAUAGGAAGGACCCAUAUUUUAAAAUUCAUAAGUACUAUUUGUAUAAGUCCUUUCAAUCCAAAUUAAGUAAAAAAAACGUAAGCGAAGGUUUUGACGACAUAUUUAAUGACCAUAAUGUCACGUAUGGUGUUCUUCCACAGGCGAGCAGUAGUGCUGACCAAGAUAGAGGAGGCAAAAGCUCCAUCGAUAGUUUAGUGGCUCAACCAGGAACGAGUGGUGCACAAGGGGGAGGUGAAGAAGAAGAAGAAGAGGAAGAAACAGAAUCGGACAAUGACGACGAAUUUAUUUUCUACAUAAAACAAAAAAAAGCGUCUAAAAAAGGAAGACGGUCAUCGAACAGAUCUUUGAAAAGAUUACACACCUACUUGCUAAAUAAAAAAUUUAAUUUGUUAAGUAUCGUCUCGACGGGACCCCCCCUUGUCGGUAUUGUAUCCAACAUGGAAGACAUACGAGUCGGUCAUCAGAAAUUAAUGAGGUACAAAUUUAUGUUCCAAAAUGUGCCUUCCUUUUUGAGAUCGAAACUGUUAAAAACGAGGGAUGCACAAGAAUUAUUACAUGUGGUGAAUCCAGGGUUAUUAUGUCUACUAGCUCUACAUGAAAAGCUUAAUUACAAUUAUGAAAAAGAUACAGGUUCUUUAAUCUCUCUUUUUAAAAAUGUAAAUUAUUAUUCCGAUUUGGACAAUGAUGAACUUAUGAGUUUACACACCAGCUUAGGGUUACAUUCCACACUGCACAUGAGAUCGCUAAGCUACUACAUUUUGAAUUUCAGAAAUGAGUACUACCACCGCACGUAUACCCUCCCAGCGCAUUUAUCAAAUAUUAACGUUUCGAACAAUUAUGCAUUCUUUGAGUAUAUAAAGAAUAAUAAAGUAUGUUCCCAAAUUAAGAACAGCGAGUUGGAAAGGUUCGUCUCCUAUUUGAAUGAAAUUGUAAAUUUUGAUCAAAAACCCCAGCCAUAUAUUCCUCAUAGGCAAAUUUACAAAAAUCCCUUCUUGGCACACUACGUCAUACCGUACAUGCAAGAAAAUAACAUAUAUACCCCUCACUCUAUAUUGGGAACGGGUAGGACAUCACUAUUACUGUACUCCUAUGACAUAUACAAACAUAUAGCGAUGAACGGAUUUAGUGAUAGGAAUGUGAUCAAAAAUGAUAUUAGCUUUUUGUACGAUGCGGACCCUUUUAUAUACUACAACUGGAUGACCUACGUAGGAAAUCAAAAUGAUGUUGAUCAGGAUAAUUUUAUCAAGGACUUUUAUGUAUACUCAGAUAAUGUAAAUAUGAACCUGAUGCAAAAUUUAUUUAAUAUGUUUGUGUCCACACAUUAUGUGAAAUUUUUUAUAUUUAGUAAAAAUAACACAGCGGAUGUAUACCGUAGUUUGCACAGAACUCUGAGAACCUUCUCCCUACCGAUUAAUAAAGUGGUUCUGAGAAGACAGAAAGAGAAGAAAAUUAACUUCCCUUUGCUAAAAAAUGCCCAAUUAGAUCAUGACGAUAAUGUCAUAUAUGAAUAUAUGUGCAGGUACACCAACUUUUUAAAAACAUUUUCCUACUUUAAUUCUCUGCAGUACAUUACAAACGAAACGUUCAUUCUUAACCAUGAGACUUUUAAAAAGUACCAAAAUGAUCGCAUGGGGGAGUUAAGAAAUGAAAUAAAAAAGGCACACAAAUUUAUUGAAGAAAACAGCAGCUUCAGCGAUAUGAAGCAUAAACUCAGUGCCAUGUACAACAUUGAAAAUACAGCUAAUAGCAACGAACGGGAACUUGAAGUGAACGAAGAAAUAGGAGACCUCACCACAUUCGAAUCCGCUAACUACGCACUUGAGGAAAGCAAAGAAAAUAGCAACAGCAACGACAGCAUUCAAAAUAUAGAUAGAACGUAUGUUACUUAUCAUGGUAUCUAUGUAAACAUUAGACGUACCAUGACUCUUAUGGAAGCCUUUCAAUCCAUUUCCAUGUACAACAGCAUCUACGAAAAUAUGCAGUAUAUCGAGUUUUUAAUUAAAGGAUCAGCAUAUAAUGAUGUGGAAGACCAUUUGAACAAUCUGGACGAUAUAAACUCCUGUCUCUUUGAUAAAAACGAAGAUAUCGAACUUGACUUUAUUUCAAAAUAUUGCAACUACGAUCAGCAGGCCUACUUCCAUAUAAAAAAAUUAUAUUCCUCGCGAAAUCUAUACGUUUUGAAAUCCUUAAAACACUGUAACUAUCCAAAAUAUAGAUACUUGAAAUUAUGUGAAAAUUUGAACCUCCUCAAAACGUUUUUCCAAUCCGAUUUAAGUGUUACUCUGUCCACAUUACACGAACGAGAGAAAAAAAGAAUGGCUAACAUGAGGGAUGCAAUCGAAAGAGAAAUCCACGAAUCAGAUAUACUCUCCAUUAGCAAUGAUUCCCUGGCAGCUAUCUUUCAUUACAAAAAUGAAGAUAUUAGCACCUUUAAAAUUAAUGCUUGCUUUAUCAUUCCAGAGAAACCCCUUAUUCAAAAUUUGUUUUCCAAUGAGGAGGAUAAGCAAUCUACAGAAGAGGGCGCAAAAAUGAAAACUGUGAGAAAGGUCAGCGAUGGCCACGUUAGUGCCAGCGCCAUUGACCUUAAUGCCAUGACUGGAAGUACCACCAGUUUGGACAGCAACGCCAGUAGCCUUAGCGGAAGUCCCGGUAGCACUAGCAGCCUCCACAGCCUUGAAAGUCUAAGCAGCUACCACGGUGUCGUCAGUGACGUGAUCGAAACAGGGUACGAACUGGAGCGAGAGUUGGGCCUGGUCGCCCAGAUGGGAAUGGGCCUUGGAAGUGGAAGCAAUAAGGAGCAGCAGAAGGAAAAGGAAAUGGAGAAGAAGGAAAGGGAGAGGAAGGAAAUGGAGAAGAAGGAAAGGGAGAAGAAGGAAAGGGAGAAGAAAGAAAGGGAGAAGAAAGAAAGGGAGAAGAAAGAAAGGGAGAAGAUCGAAAGGGAGAAGACCGAAAGGGAGAAGAGCGAUAACAGUUACGCCCACAGCAGUAGCAGUCACAACAGCAGCGGCCAGAACGUCUUCUGCACCGAAGUGACUCUGCCAGUCCUGCUUCGAAGGAACGUCCUCAAAAGCGCCCACGACAUCUACAUGCGGGCCAUCCGAAACGUCAUGCAGAGCACGCACUUCAGAAGAGCCUUCAACAUAAGGGAGGGGGAGGAACCCUACGAGUCCUUCAUUUACUUCUUUGACAAAUUCGCCUACGUCUACAACAAAAAAAAUAAGUAUGCGCGCACAGGUGACGUCAAGACGUUUAAUACACCUCAAAACAUUAAGUGGAACUACUUCUACUAUUUGUUAAAGUAUGGCUCGGGAACGAAUUACAACAAUGAGGUCUUUUUGGAAAACUUCUUUUAUGGGAAGGAAUCAAAUCUGGUGAAACCAAAGAAGGAUAACAUUUUAAAGGAGUUCCUAGUCCACUUCACCGUCUUCUUUUACCUCUUCAAGUUGGACUAA